AUGAAGUCACAGGCUGAAGAAUCUGGUGAUGAGUUCAAGGAAGAAGAAGUGGCUAUGAUCUCCAGGCACGUAAUUGAAGCUAUGAGAAGAUCAAGAAACAAUAGAAAAGGAAAUUCAAAUUUCAGGAAAGGUAAAUCUUCCGCCGUUCAAAGAAAUGAUGGAAAAUGCUACGAAUGUGGAAAAUAUGGCCAUAUUGCAUCUGAAUGCCCUGAUGCAAAGAGGAAACCAUCGAAAAACUGUCAAAAACAACGAGCAUUCAGCAGUUGGGGUGAAGAUAAAGUCUCUAAAGAUGAUGAGGAAGAUAUGGAAAACAUUUGCUUCAUGGCAAUCGGUGAAACUAGCGAGGUAAGACCCUAUCACUGUUCCAACUGUAGCGAAACUCAAGAGUUGCUUGACCAAACUCUCGAGGAUUUAAAUAGGGUGUUUAAUGAAUAUAAAAAACUUAAGAGGGAACGAAGGGACUGGGAACUUAAACUAGAAGUAGUUGAAACAGAAAAGGAUCUUCAUCAAGAAGAAGUUGAUGACUUGAAACUGCAACUUAAUGGGUUACGCAAGUCCACCAGUCAUAGUUCUGUUAAAUCUAACAAAUCGACUCAUAACAACAAGUCCACUGGGAAAAGACCUAUCAAUAGUAGAAAUACCUUUGAUAAUUCUAAAGUUGUGUCAACCAAUUAUGAGGAGAUAAAUCAGUCUAAUAAAAAAAAACAGGCCAUAAAUAUUUUCAGUGUGGGUUUCGUUAUACACCUUCUCCAAGUUGGAUAUGGAAACCCAAGACUGAUCAUCAAAGCACUAACCCUCAAGGACCCAAGGAAACUUGGGUACCUAAAAGAAAGUAACUACCUUGUUUUGCAGGAACACCAUAAGAAGAAGUCAAAAGGGAAAUGGUAUCUAGACAGUACGUGUUCCAGUCACAUGACAGGCGACAAAAGCCUGUUCAAAUCAGUUGCUGACUUUGAUGGAGGACUAGUCACUUUUGGUGAUAACUCAACAGGAACGGUAAUCGUUACAGGAACUAUUUCGUUUAAUAAUUCAUGUGAUAUCUCUAACGUUUAUCUGGUUGAAGGACUCAAAUAUAAUCUCUUGAGUAUCAGUCAAUUGUGUGAUUCUAAUUUAGAGGUAAGAUUCAAAAAGACUGGCUGUGUCAUUGAAGACAAAACUGGAAAAGAAAUUCUUCCUGGCAGCAGAACAAGAAAUGUAUAUGUCCUUGACUCUGUUAAAAGUCCAGCUGGACAUAUUUGCUUGACAUCUAUGGGAGAAGAUCCUUAG